CUGCUGAUGCAGGGUGGGCACUUCGUCCGCUCUCAGUCCGCCUCUUUCAUCGCCGCCGCUCACGUAAACAUCUACUGAGGAGCAAAGCAGACCCGACAGGGAAGAUCAGCUCACCUGCAGAGGCUCCGGGCGCCUGGUCUACCUGAGGGUGGGGUGGGGUGGGCGAUGGCUGAGCGUCGAGACCCGGCUUCCUCCCAAGGGGAACCAGCUGCACCUGCUGCAGACAUGUACCCUAGGAAAAUCCUGGAGUAUAUGGAAGGCUUUCUAAUCUCCAAGACGGUUUUCACCUCCUGCGAACUGGGCGUGUUUGACGUGCUGCUGGCAGCAGAGCGUCCGCUGUCGGCAGAAGAGAUCAGUCAGGCGGUGGGAGCCAGUGUGGACGGGACGCAGCGGCUGCUGGCCGCCUGCACGGGCCUGCAGCUCCUCAACACACAGUGGGAGGACGGGCAAGCUUUUUAUAGCAACACAGAGCAGUCCCGGGUCUUCCUCACUCGUUCCAGCCCCUUGUCGCUCUACCAGUCCAUCCAGUACAGCUCCAGGACCAUCUACCUCUGCUGGCACUACCUCACAGACGCCGUUAGAGAGGGAAGAAAUCAGUAUGAAAAAGCUUUUGGAGUCAGCUCAAAGGACCUGUUUCAAGCUCUCUACAGGUCUGAUGAGGAAAUGGUGAAAUUCAUGCACUUGAUGAACUCCAUCUGGAACAUCUGCGGCAAAGACGUAGUCACGGCCUUCGAUCUUACGCCUUUCGAGGUCGUUUGUGACCUUGGAGGCUGCAGUGGAGCAUUAGCCAAGCAGUGCACGUUGGCCUACCCAAAAUGCACUGUAACGAUCUUUGACCUCCCCAAGGUGGUGCGUGUGUCAAGGGAACACUUUGUCUCAGCGGCUGACCAGAGGAUCGGCUUCCGCGAGGGGGACUUCUUCAAGGACUCUCUGCCGGCGGCAGAUCUUUUUAUUCUUGCCAGAAUCCUCCAUGACUGGACAGACGAGCGCUGCAUAGAGCUCCUCUGCAGAAUUUAUAAAGCCUGCAAACCAGGAGGUGGAGUCCUGCUGGUGGAGGCGCUGUUAAAUGAAGACGGGUCUGGCCCGCUGACAGCACAGCUCUACUCCCUAAACAUGCUGGUGCAGACGGAGGGCAGAGAGAGGACAGGUGCUCAGUAUGCUGCCCUGCUGGCUGCCAGCGGCUUCACCAACAUCCAGCACCGCCUGACUGGAAAAAUCUACGAUGCUGUUCUGGGUCACAAAGCGACAUGAGGGAUGCCGUCAUGAGAGAAAGAAAGAUGUUGCUACCAUGUAUGGUAAAAUAAAGGCUCAUUCUGUAAGGUAAAAGACAAAAGAACUAAGAUUUGUUUUUUAAUCAUGUUUAGUUUCCAUGGAGUCUCCUCUGCUGUCGAGUCCUGAUUGAGAUGAACAGCCGAAAUUUCAUAAAGUUGCUUUUGAAUUUGUUAGAAAUCACUGAGUGAAAAUAAUCCAAAAUGUUUUUUAAGAAUGAAAAUCAAUGUAUGAGGGUUUUUUUUCUAAGUGAUAAUGAUAUCUGUUUUACAAGGUCAGAAAGUUAGUAAAGAUGCCCUUUCUUUUGAACCCGUAACAAAGCAUAGACCAACAUAGAAGCAUUGUCUCCAGUUAGUUUGAAAAACAAUACAUGUGCAUUCAUGUAAAUUGUAUUGCCAGUCUAGGAAGAAGGUGGUCUGGACUUUUCAUUUCUUGGCAACAAAUGGACAUUUUUUAUUUUUGUUAAAAAUAAAAAUAAAUAUGUUCAGAUGAUCAAGAGUGAAAACAAAGGUUAAAUCAUCACAAGUAAGAUGCCUCAAACUUUGUACAAAAUGGGUGCCAUCUAAGGCACUAACUAAUUUUGCUAGGGACUGAUUAGGAGCAUGCGAAAACUAUAUAUUUAGUUUCUUAAUUUUUUUCUCCAAAAUAUACAUAUUUUAACUUGAUGAAAAAAACUUUGUGAAAAAAAAUCUGAAAGAGGAAAAGCUAUUGCUAGACAUUAAAAUUAUGAUUCUGCUACAUUGAGGCGUUCAAUGUCAGUAGAUAACGUGAAAUUGAUCUCAGUACAGAAAAUGUGCUUUAUCUUUUUGAAGGGUCCAGUUUUGUCUGAAAUGGGUUGUUAGAUUAGGAAAUUGGUAGUCAUAAGGAAAACUCUCAGUUAAGAGUCUAAUUACUCUGCAGUGAGUCUAUUGGUUAUAGUUAGUUAUGCUAAUUAAAUAGCGCUAACAACACUACAAGAUGCAUAAGACGGUUUAAGAUGUUCUGUCUGUGAUCACAUUAUUGUGGUGUAGUAUUAAAAAAAGCCUGUUUAACCGCAGAGCUGUGUAACGGCAACUGCUCUCUCAUACCUGACAUUGCCUUUGCACAUUACAUUUAUUUUGACAAAUGAUUGAGCUGUGAUCGGUCUUGUAAAGGUAUAAAUAUAUAUACUUCAAUUCUU